AUGUCGAGCAUCCAAAGUAUUUUGAUCCUGCUGGGAGUUUUCUGUGCGGUGCAGUCCCAGAAAUUGUUUGUGAAAGAGCUCCAUACACUACACCAGUGGACGAAUAUUAGUUCGAGCCACCAGUUCCUCCCCGUGGAUGUGGACAUCGAGUACGGAGAUGAGGGGAGGCACCGCACCUUCCUUACUAUUCCACGCCUGAGCCUGGAAACGCCCUUCACAUUAGCCACUGUGGUCGCCAGUGACAACGAGCUAUUGGAGAAUCCUCGCCUGGAGGCCUACCCCAGUGCAGAGUGGCAUAUUCUACCGAAUAACUGUUCCGGCCUCACCUCUGCCAUAAGAACCUUCAUCGAUGAAUGCUGGCGCCUUUGGGUGGUCGACUCGGGGCAGGUGAACUCGCUGCAGCUGUGUCCCCCUCAGAUUCUCACCUUCGAUUUGGUCAAGGAUGAGCUGGUGCAGCGGCACACAUUACCCCCACACGCGUACACGCCCAGCGUGUCGAUCUUCACGGCUCUUGUGGUGGAUCUGGUGGAGAGCGGGGCACCAAAUAAGUGCCUGGGUGGCAAGGCGUACGUAUCCGAUGCCUGGGGCUAUGGCCUGAUCGUCUACGACUCUCUCAGCGGCAAGUCGUGGCGCAUAGAGCACGAUUCGAUGAAGCCUGUGGAGCGCCUUACCCGCUCCAGCAACUCGCACGCGGGCAUAUUCACAGUAAGCUUGAGCCCUAGCGAAGCCGAAGAUCGAUUUUUGUACUUCCACACUCUGAAUGGCUUAAAUGAGGUCGCCAUUCCACUUUCUCUGGUCAAUAAUGAAACUGUUUGGCAGUCCGCUAACUCCAGCGAAGUCAAGGAUCAGUUCCGAGUACUCGGCACAAGAGGCAUUCAGUGCGAAUCGGAAGUUAUGGACAUCUCUGGCAAUCUGUACUGCAGUCUCAUUAGCUUGGGAGCUCUCAUUAGCUGGGAGGAGCACUCAAAUUACACGGCGGAUGACCUGCGGGUCGUGGCCUAUAACCCGCAAAAGAUUAAGUUCGUCACUGGCCUCAAGAUCAACCGAAACUCCAAAGGCGAGGAGGAGCUCUGGGCCCUGAGCAGCGAGCCGAAACUUUUUGUCGGUGGCACAUUGCGGGAGAAUGAGGUCGAGUUCCAGAUAAUUGGCUGUCGCACCGCUGACCUGCUUGCCAAUACUCCGUGUACGGUGGGGGCUGCGGAGACCACGCCCACGCUCACGCAAGUUUAG